UAUACCGUUCGAAAGAGUGUUAAAAGAAAAGUUAUUAAAUUUACAUUGAAUUAAAUAAUAAAUUUGACUGAGACAAUAUGGAAAUAAAUUUAUACGGUGCCUUAUUAUUAAGUCAUUUAAUAGGAAAUGUAAUUUUUGUUUUUGUACAAUGCGAUGAUCCUUUAAAAGUUUGUCUACCUGAUGCUGGUUGUUAUAUAGGCAAGUAUAUGAUAAGCUUUGAUAGUAAGGAAUUUGGUGCAUUUCUAGGAAUUCCAUAUGUAUUUAAACCUUAUCGAUUUCAAGUAUCGAAAGCUUAUACCAGCAAAAAAACUCACGAUGCUACGAAAGCCAAAUGUGAUUGCAAGCACAAAAAUUACCUUGCCCAUCAGAAACCGAUAGUUGGCAGUGAGGAUUGUUUAUAUUUAAAUGUAUAUAGACCAACUCUAAAAUAUCAUAGGCCAAUACCCGUAUUAGUACAUUUCAAUGGUAUGGGGUUUUUUGCUGGAUCAUCUAAUCCGCUUUUAACUGGGCCCGAAUACAUAAUGGAUAGACAGGAUGUCAUUCUUGUAACAGUUUCCUAUCGAUUGGGACCAUUUGGUUUCCUAGCAACUAGUGAUGCUAAAAUUCCCGGUAAUUUAGGCUUAAAAGAUCAACUUGUAGCCCUACAAUGGGUGUACAAUAACGUAGAGCAUUUCGGUGGCGAUAAAUUUUUGAUUACGCUGUUGGGACAAAAUUCGGGAGGAAUAUCGGCUCAUAUACACACAUUUAGCCGAUUAUCGCGUGGUUUUUUUACUGGCAUUAUUUCAAUAAGUGGAACGGCCAAUUCAAUAUACGCCAUUGAUGAAGACCCUGAUUAUACAGCCAGACAAACCGCCAAAUAUUGUAAUGUAACUAAUUGGGAUACAAUUAAUACGCGUAGGCUGCAUGAGGCCCUUCUAUUUAUGGACGCCGAUACACUGCUUAAUGCCGGAGAUCAAUUAAAAUUUUGGAGUCUUGAUGGUUUGGCCAUUUAUAGACCAAUCGUUGAAAAAGAUGCGCCUGAUGCUUUUUUAAUUAAAAAUCCCAAAUGGUAUAUAGUCAAUGGUGAAAAUUGGCCAGUGGCUUCAAUGUUUGGUAUAGUACCGAAUGAGGGCGCUAUUUGGGCGGUGAAUAUUAUGGAAAAUGAUGAUUUACGUAAUGAUUUUAAUUCAAAAUUUUUAAAUUUAACGGCAAGAAUGUUGGAAUUACCCAAAUCACUUGAUGAUGAAAAGAGGCUGCUUAGUACGAAAAUAUUAUUAGAUAACUAUAAUUUACAGAGUCUACAAUUGGAUGGCAAUACCAUCUCAAAUUUUAUGCAACUUUUAUCAGAUCGUGCAUUCUAUUAUCCCUUGUACAAUACAAUUAAGCAUUAUGUUGAAAGAAUCGAUGUAGUUAAAUAUCCCGUUUAUUUUUAUAGUUUUAAUUUCAAAGGAGAAGCUUCGUAUGCUGAAACUUAUGCCAAUCAUCCAGUCAAGCGUGAUUAUAAUGUAGUUCAUCGGGACGAUCAAAUAUAUUUGUUUCGAACGCGUUUUCAAUUUCCCGAUGUUAAAAACCAUUCCAUAGAAGCGGAAAUGAUUAAGUUAUAUUGUAGAUUUAUAGUAAAUUUUGCUUAUCACAGACAACCAACUUAUCUUCAAAAAUUCAGACGUUGCAACAGAUCAACUUUUUUUAUAGCUUCAGGAACAAUAUGCGAUUAUCAUGAAUUAGGGAGGGGUGAAGGUAAUACUGUCAGGUUGGCAAUUAAAAAUAAAUGGAGUACGGGAAAGAUGAGACUUUUUGAUGAAAUAAUAUUAUAAAUAAAUCUUUGGAAAUGUGUUUAGGUGGGAUAUUUUUGAUUUUUUUCAAAAUAUGCGACAUUAAAUCGCCUUUACGUAAUUUAUAAAAUAUUAUCUUUACAAAAAUAUAAAUAAGACAGAAAUUGAUUAAAAUUAGUUGAGUUAAUAAAAUUUCUAUAUACAAGAA